AUGAAUCCCACAAAAGCCCCCGGUUCAGACAGGCUCCCUGCAUUGUUUUUUAGAAACAUUAGCAUAUUGUGGGUCAUGAUGUUUGGAGGCAUGUGCUGGACAUUCUCAAUAACUAGGAGGACCCAAUUGAAAAAGAAAAGCAAGGGAAAGAAAGGUGUGAUGGCCUUAAAGUUAGAUAUGUCCAAAGCUUAUGAUAGGCUUAAAUUGGAGUUUGUUACCAAUACACUUGAAACAAUGGGAUUUCCCAUGUCUUUGGUCCCUCUUAUCUGGAGGUAUCAGCUUACUUCUGGACAAGUUAUGAAUCUUGAUAAAUCAGAGGUUUCAUUUAGUAAGAAUAUGAAUGCAGGUCUAAGGGAUACAAUGUGCAAUAGGUUGGGUGUUCAAGUUAUAGAUAAUCACUCCAAAUAUAUGGGAAUCACGAUGGUGUUUGACUGGUCUAAGAAAGACAUAUUCUCUCUUGUUCUGGAGCGAGUUUGGAAGAAAAUUAAGGGAUGGAAUGAUAGAUUUGUAUCAAGAGUAGGGAAAGAGGUUUUGAUCAAAGUGGUGGCCCAAGAUAACCCGAGUUACAUUAUGAGUUGUUACAAACUUCCGGAAGGCAUAUGCAAGGAGAUCAAAUCAAUGGGCCAAACUUCAGACGCAGAAUUGAGGCUCUCUUCUAGUUACGCUUGGAGAAGCAUUCUUAGUGCUAAGGAGCCUGCUACUAAAGUCACAAGAUGGAGAAUAGUAUAUGGUUCCAAAGUUAAGAGUUGGCAAGAUAAUUGGAUUUCCUCCAACCCAAGCUUCAAACCUCUUUCUCGUAGGCGUAACCUGGAUGUCAAUGCCAUAGUUUACUCCUUAAUUGAUCACGUCAUAGACUCUUAA